AUGAAAUAUUUUCGUUACUAUCGUAGUUGGAUGUACGAUAGAACGUUACCAGGCAGACUUGGACUUACACCAAAAUUUGAGGAAGGAGUUAAGGGGUUUAUCGCGUGGGCAUUUGCACAAGAAUGUUGUCGACGUGAGGGAGGAGUGAGAUGUCCUUGUCUUAAAUGUGAAUGUAGACCUAUAAUUAGUGAUCCAGAGGAAGUAGAACGUCAUUUGAAGAGGAAGGGUUUCAUUAAAAAUUAUUGGGUUUGGACAUAUAAUGGAGAACAACUGUCGAGUAACGUACAUGCAGAGACAACUAAUACACACGCAUCAAGCAGUCGAUCACAUAUGGAAUUUGAUGAACAAUUUAAUCUGAUUGAUGAAAUGGUUGGAAAUGCAUUUGGAGUAAAUGUGACAUAUGAUGAACCUCAAGAUUUUGAUAGGGAAGAGUUGCCGAAUGAGGAAGCACAAAGGUUUUACCAAUUGUUGAAAGAAAUGAAUACACCGUUGUUUGAGGGGUCAGCAGAUUUAAAAUUAUCAAUGUGUGUGAGAUUAUUGGCCGCAAAGUCAAAUUGGAAUGUUCCUGAUCAGUGUUUGGAAUACUUUGCAAAAAUGAUGUUGGAUGCGACUCCUACGAAAGACAACUUGCCUACAAGUUAUUAUGAUGCAAAGAGGUUGGUGUCGAAGUUGGAUUUAGAAGUACGAAAGAUUGAUUGUUGCAUAAAAGGAUGUAUGUUGUUUUAUGACAAUGAGUUUGGUAUUAAUGAUGAAGCGUUGGAGGAAUGUAAGUUUUGUAAGAGUCCGAGAUAUCAAGUUCGUAGUAAAGCCAUUAACCGUAAACAAAAACGUGUAGCAGUGAAGUCCAUGUUUUAUUUGCCGAUAAUACCAAGGUUAAGAAGAUUGUUUGCUUCAAUGCAUAAUGCAAGUCAAAUGACAUGGCAUCAUACAAAUAAAACAUGUUCAGGCAUUAUGCGGCAUCCAUCUGACGGUGAGGCAUGGAAACAUUUUGAUAGGGUACAUUCUGAUUUUGCUGCAGAACCUAGAAAUGUCAGGCUCAGACUAUGCUCUGAUGGUUUUACUCCAUACGUCCAAGCAUCUGUAAUUGCAUAUUCCUGUUGGCCAGUUAUCGUAACCCCUUACAACCUCCCUCCAGAGAUGUGCAUGACAAAACCAUACAUGUUUUUGACUUGCCUCAUUCCAGGACCGUCAAGUCUUAAAUCUGGAAUCGACGUUUAUUUGCAACCUUUAAUAGAUGAUUUGAAGAGGUUGUGGAUUGGAGAAUGGACCUAUGAUAUAUCUCGCAAACAAAAAUUUACUUUGCGAGCUGCCUUGAUGUGGACUAUUAAUGACUUUCCCGCUUAUGGAAUGUUAUCUGGUUGGGGUACGCAUGACAAAAUGGGAUGUCCACAUUGCAUGGAAUUUACAAAGGCUUUUACUUUGGAAUUUGGAGGGAAAAGUUCGUGGUUUGACUCUCACUGCAGAUUCCUACCACGAGACCAUGUAUUUAGAAGAAACAAGACUGAUUUUAAAAAAGAUGUACGAGAGUUGGCAACAGUGAGACAGUUAGCUCUAUCUGAGGCGAGACGAGAGGCGGAGACACGUGAGGCGGCCCUAAAAGCCGAAAUGGAUGAUAUGAGAAAUAGACAAAAUGCUGAAAUAGAGGAAAUGAGGAAGCGGCAAUUAGACAUGGAGGCACAAAUGCGAAAUUUUUUUGCCUCGAAAUCGAAUUAUUCUGCCGAAGAUGAUGAAGAAGACGAAGAUGUAUCAUUUAGUGACGAGGAAUAA